AUGCGCCUCCCACUCCCUGGCCCAACAACCCUCACCCUCCUCCUCCUCACAACCCUCCACCCCCCGACAACAAAAGCAUGCACCCCACCCCCCGACCCAACCCCCGAAUACCUCCUCACGCGCGCGCCCUGCACCACGGACGCCACCUGCCAGACCACAACAACCACAACCACACCCCCGAGCACCGAAUUCUGCUUCCACCCAGCCAACCGCUGCCUCCCGCGCCUCGCCGCAGGGACAUGCUGCACGACCGACGCCGAAUGCACGGCCAACUACUGCCAGGCCGGGAGCUGCGCGCUGACGCAGACGGGGAAACCCUGCACGCAGGGAUCCGACUGCAGGACCGACGAUACCGAUCCGCAACAACGAUGGUGA